CCCGUAUAAAGGCGCUGCUGGCCUUGCCCCCGGGACUCGGCCCCAUGGAGUCGCCGCCGGCCGAGGGCGGCGCGCGGCUGGGGGCUGUCGCGGGCGCCUUUCGGGAGCCUGAGCCAUGAGCAGCUCCUGUGGAGAGACGCCUGUCCCGGAAGCCAGCCCCACUAUGAGUUUGUGGGCGCUGGAGGACGGCCGCGGCUGUCGGGGCACCCCCGGGCCGGCCCAGGAGCCCCGAGCCGACGAGGCGGCGGCUCUGGAGCUGCAGAUGAAGGUGGACUUCUUCCGGAAGCUGGGCUACUCCUCCUCGGAGAUCCACAGCGUCCUGCAGAAGCUCGGGCUGCAGGCCGACACCAACACCGUGCUGGGAGAGCUGCUGAAACACGGGGCCGCGGCGGAGCGGGAGCGCCAGGCCUCGCCGGACCCCUGCACCCAGCUCCCGCUGGUGCCCCGCGGCGGGGGCACCCCCAAGGCUCCCACCCUGGAGCCCCCGCUCCCAGACGAGGACAAGGAGGGCAGCGACCUGAGGCCCGUGGUCAUCGAUGGCAGCAAUGUGGCCAUGAGCCACGGGAACAAGGAGGUGUUCUCCUGCCGGGGCAUCCUGCUGGCCGUGAACUGGUUUCUGGAGCGGGGUCACACAGACAUCACGGUGUUUGUGCCAUCCUGGAGGAAGGAGCAGCCUCGGCCUGACGUGCCCAUCACAGACCAGCACAUCCUGCGGGAACUGGAGAAGAAGAAGAUCCUGGUGUUCACGCCGUCGCGGCGAGUGGGCGGCAAGCGGGUGGUGUGCUACGACGACCGCUUCAUCGUGAAGUUGGCCUUCGAGUCCGACGGGAUCGUGGUCUCCAACGACACCUACCGGGACCUGCAGGCCGAGCGGCAGGAGUGGAAGCGCUUCAUCGAGGAGCGGCUGCUCAUGUACUCCUUCGUCAACGACAAGUUCAUGCCUCCUGACGACCCGUUAGGCCGGCACGGGCCCAGCCUGGACAACUUCCUGCGUAAGAAGCCACUCCCCUCUGAGCACAGGAAACAGCAGUGCCCCUAUGGGAAGAAGUGCACCUACGGGAUCAAAUGCCGAUUCUUCCACCCGGAGCGGCCCAGCCGCCCCCAGCGCUCCGUGGCUGACGAGCUCCGUGCCAAUGCCCUCCUCUCGCCCCCCCGGGCUCCAGGCAAGGACAAAAGUGCCCAGCGCCCUGUACCUUCACCACAGCCCGGCUCUCUGCCCACAGAAGGUGAACUGGGUGGCCUGGACGGGAAGAAGCCGGGGGCCCGAGCCUCCCCAGGGCCCCGCCGCGAGGGGCUCACGCAGACCUUUGCCCCAGCGAGCAGGACCCUCCCAGCCAGCGGGGGCAGCAGCAGCAGCUUUGGGCCCUCAGACUGGAUCCCACAGACCCUGGACUCCCUCCCGUACACCUCCCAGGACUGCCUGGAUUCGGGCAUUGGCUCCCUGGAGAGCCAGAUGUCAGAACUGUGGGGGGUUCGAGGCGGAGGCCUGGGAGAGCCGGGCCCGCCUCGUGCUUACGCUGGCUACCACUCUUACGGCUCUGAGCUCCCAGCCACGCCGGCCUACCCUGCCUUUGGCCGGGCCGUGGGCGCCGGCCACUUCAGCGUCCCCACUGACUACGCACCCCCGCCACCCGCCUUUCCGCCUCGAGAGUACUGGUCGGAGCCAUACCCGCUGCCCCCACCCACGCCAGUCCCUCAGGAUCCCCAGGGGCCGAGCCCAGGGCCCGGUGGGGGCCCCUGGGGCGGGGUGGGCAGCCUGGCCAAGGAGCGGGCCAGCGUGUACACCAAGCUGUGCGGCGUCUUCCCCCCGCACCUGGUGGAGGCUGUGAUGGGGCGCUUCCCGCAGCUCCUGGACCCCCAGCAGCUGGCAGCCGAGAUCCUGUCUUACAAGUCCCAGCACCCCAGUGAGUAAGGCAGCCGGUGGCCGGCGGUGGGGGGGGGGGUGCUGUCUAGCCAGGCCUGGUGCGGUCAAGUGGCUCGUUCCCAGCCCCCCGGGGGCAGCCCUGGAGGCUAGACAGCAGGAGGGUGAAAGUAGGGAAGGGAGCCCGCAAACCAAAGAUAUUGUAGGAUUGGUUCUGGCCCACACGGCUGCCCAGCCGCGUGUCGGUGGGUCAGAAGCGAUCGCCCUGUUGAUGCACAUUGUAUCUGUAGCUUAAGCAGACGCUGCCAGUAACGGCCGUCGGUCUGUGGCUGAAGCCCAAACCCUCUUUUCUCUCAGAGGGCGGGGAGGGAGGCUGGGGGGAGCAGAGGCCUGGGCUGGGGGCCCUGUGCACGGCCCCCCACCUCCGCCCUGUCCCUGGGAUGCCAGCCUUGGCUGGUCAGUUGGGCACCGUGUGCCUGCCCUCCGGGGGCCCCUCCUCUAAGCCAAUGAGGCCUUGCCCAUGCUCGCUCACUGGGCGCAAGGCUUCAUGUUAGUAAGCAAGAUGCUUCUUAAUAACCUACCUUCUGCCCCACUCCGUUCACCUGCCCCAGGGACCUGGGGCCCUCCGCGCUCCCCGAGGCUGGGAGGACACGCGUGUCUGUGUUCUGUGUGGAAAGCCCUUCCCUCCCGUAACGUCAAUAAAGCAGUGUGAGCCUUUUCAGAGGCACUGUCGUCGCCUUCCUGCC